AUGGGGACAGAGGAACUCGUGCCUCCUGUGCUGUGGCUACUCUUCUGGGUGCAGCUGUGCAGGGGCUCAGCCAGCUCUGCAUCCCUACGGCUGGUGGGUGGAGAGAGUCGGUGUGAUGGACAUUUGGAGAUCUUCCAGCAUGGGAUGUGGAGCAGAGUCCUGGAUGACCAGUGGGACAUGCAGGAGGCCAGCGUGGUGUGCCGGCAGCUGCAGUGCGGAAAGGCAGAGACAGCCUACAUCUCCCUGAAGCCCCAGAGAGGGACGGGUCCUGUGGGGCUGAAAGGGGUCCGGUGCACAGGGCACGAGGCCAACUUGACUCUCUGCAACACCUCCCUGCCUGAGAGCGUGCUGGCAGCAGGGAUUGCAGAGGACGUGGGGGCCAUUUGCUGGGGGAGCUGGCAAGCCCGGCUGGUGAAUGGGCCCGGGCGCUGCGCAGGGAGAGUGGAGAUCUACUACCAGGGCAGCUGGGGGACCAUCUGUGAUGACAGCUGGGACCUGCCUGAUGCUGCCGUCGUUUGCCACCAGCUGGGCUGCAGAGGGGCGGUGGAGGCGGUUGGCUCCGCUUGGUUUGGGGAAGGCUCCGGUCAGAUCUGGCUGGACGGUGUGAACUGCUCUGGGGCUGAAGCUGCUCUCUGGGACUGCCUGGCAGGGUCCUGGGGGCAGCACGACUGCGGGCACAAAGAGGACUCAGGAGUCGUCUGCUCAGGUCUGUCUCUGCCUUCUCCAGACAGGGAGAAGAUUCGUGCCGUGGGAGGAGAUAAUGGGUGCUCGGGCAGAGUGGAGGUCUGGCACUGUGGCUCCUGGGGGACAGUGUGCGACGACUCCUGGGACAUGCAGGAUGCUGAGGUGGCAUGCAGGCAGCUGGGCUGUGGCCCCGCAGUGUCUGCUCUGGAUGAGGCUGCAUUUGGGGAGGGGACAGGCCCCAUCUGGCUGGAGCAGGUGGAGUGCCGGGGUACAGAGCCAUCGCUGCAGGACUGCUGGGCCCGGCCUGGAGACAGUGGUGCCUGCCGGCAUAAGAAGGAUGCUGGUGUGCGCUGCUCCGAGUACACAAGGUUCAGGCUGGUGAACGGCAGCACGGCGUGUGAUGGGAGGGUGGAGGUCCAGGUGCUGGGGACCUGGGGCACCCUCUGUGCCUCCCGAUGGGACCUCUUGGAUGCCCACGUUCUCUGUCAUCACCUCGACUGCGGGUUUGCCGAGUCCAUUCCCAGAGGAGGGCAUUUUGGGAGAGGAAGUGGCCCCGUCUGGAGAGACUCGUUCCACUGUGAUGGGACUGAAGCCCACCUGGGACAGUGCCCAGUGACCACCCUGGGGGCCUCACUGUGCUCCCACGAGAACGACGCUGCUGUCAUUUGCUCAGGUGACUCUGCAUCCCUACGGCUGGUGGGUGGAGAGAGUCGGUGUGAUGGACGUUUGGAGAUCUUCCAGCAUGGGAUGUGGAGCAGAGUCCUGGAUGACCAGUGGGACAUGCAGGAGGCCAGCGUGGUGUGCCGGCAGCUGCAGUGCGGAAAGGCAGAGACAGCCUACACCUCCCUGAAGGCCCAGAGAGGGACGGGUCCUGUGGGGCUGCGAGGGGUCCGGUGCACAGGGCACGAGGCCAACUUGACUCUCUGCAACACCUCCCUGCCUGAGAGCGUGCUGGCAGCAGGGAUUGCAGAGGACGUGGGGGCCGUUUGCUGGGGUGAGUGGCGGAGCCGACAGGUCCGGCUGGUGAAUGGGCCCGGGCGCUGUGCGGGGAGAGUGGAGAUCUACUACCAGGGCAGCUGGGGGACCAUCUGCGAUGACGGCUGGGACCUGCAUGACGCCGCUGUCGUUUGCCAGCAGCUGGGCUGCGGAGGGGCGGUGGAGGCGGUUGGCUCCGCUCGGUUUGGGGAAGGCUCCGGUCAGAUCUGGCUGGACAGCGUGAACUGCUCUGGGGCCGAAGCUGCUCUCUGGGACUGCCUGGCAGAGUCCUGGGAGCACGACUGCUGGCACAAAGAGGACGCAGGAGUCGUCUGCUCAGAGUUCGUGGCCCUGAGGCUGGAGAACAGCGAUGGCUGCUCUGGGCGCCUGCAGGUUUUCUACAACGGGACGUGGGGGAUUGUUUGCUCCAACUCAAUGACUCCCAAAACGGUGUCGCUGGCAUGCAAGUUGCUGGGCUGUGGGGACAGAGGGUCCCUGGAAACACGCCUGCCCUCUGGCAAGGUGUCUGGCCCUGCCUGGCUGGAUCGCGUGGAGUGUGGGGAGAGAAACAACUUUUUCUGGCAGUGUCCCUCCACUCCCUGGGACCCGCAGUCGUGCGAUGACCUGCGAGACGAGACCCACAUCACCUGCAAUGACAGGGAGAAGAUUCGUGCCGUGGGAGGAGAGAAUGGGUGCUCGGGCAGAGUGGAGGUCUGGUACCGUGGCUCCUGGGGGACAGUGUGCGACGACUCCUGGGACAUGCAGGAUGCUGAGGUGGCAUGCAGGCAGCUGGGCUGUGGCCCCGCAGUGUCUGCUCUGGAUGAGGCUGCAUUUGGGGAGGGGACAGGCCCCAUCUGGCUGGAGCAGGUGGAGUGCCGGGGUACAGAGCCAUCGCUGCAGGACUGCUGGGCCCGGCCUGGAGACAGUGGUGCCUGCCGGCAUAAGGAGGACGCUGGUGUGCGCUGCUCCGAUCCCACCCGGGACCGUCCAACUGGCAGCGGGAGAGUCUCAUUGCCCAUCAUCAUCUGCAUCAUCCUGGGAGCCCUUCUCUGCCUGCUCCUGGCCCUCUUGGCUGUGCAAAGCGCCAGGGCUGGGCGUAGAGGUUCUGAGAGAGCUUGGGAGCCUUUUCCUGAGGCCGUGUACGAGGAGAUCGCUUACAGCCCAGCGGGGAGAAGCAGGAGAGGUUCAGCAGCUCAGGCUCCUAUUCAGAGGGUCCUGACCAAGCUGCAGCCGUACCCUGGGGACAGCAAGGAGGAGGAUGGUCCAGGGCCAGCACCAGACAUCCCUGUUCUGCCCGGAGGUGACCCAGUGGAUGGCUAUGAUGAUGCCAGGGAGGUUUCUGACCCUGGGGAGGAUCCCGUGUCUGGACAGGGAGACUGGGAAAUGCCCGGGUGCCAGAGGAAGGAGCAGGGCCCAGAGAUGCACCUGGAGGUGAGAGGGAAAGAGAGCGCUGCCGGUUCCUGGGGUGCCAUCCCUGGUGCCGGAUGA